UGCAUCAUCCUCUCUCUCUCUCUCUCUCUCUCUCUCUCUCUCUCUCUCUCCCUCUCAUUCUGAAAUAGAUGAAGUAGAGAAGUUAAUGUUCACCAAACUUACUGUAAAGUCUGAAACUUUCUUCCUUCUUCUUCUUUGCUUCAUUCAAAUUAAACGUUCAAGAAACAGAGGAUUUGUCUCAGAUCUAGUUGCAAUAGUUAUAUAGAUUUGAAUUUCGUUACUAGCUACAGGAAAAGAUGAGUAAAGAAGAGUUCAUGAAGAUCCAGACUUGUGUUCUCAAAGUGAACAUUCACUGUGAUGGUUGUAAGCAGAAAGUGAAGAAAAUCUUGCAGAAAAUUGAAGGUGUUUUCACGACAAAGAUAGACGCAGAGCAAGGAAAAGUGACUGUAUCUGGAAACGUAGACCCAGCUGUUCUAAUCAAGAAGCUCUUGAAGUCUGGUAAACAUGCCGAAAUCUGGGGAGCUCCCAAGGGAAGUAGUAACAACAACCAGAACCAACCCAACUUGGCUAAUCAGUUCAAAGCCAUGCAGAUUGAUCACGGCGGCAAAGGCGGUGGUGGUGGUGGUGGUAACCCCGCCGGUGGAAAUAAUAACAAAGGCCAAAAGAACGGUCCUGGGGGUGGCGGAGGUGGCGGUGGAGGAGGAGGAGGUGGAGGAGGCGGCGGUGGACCACCGAAGAUGGUUCUUCCGCAGUUAACUCCGCAACAGAUGCAGCAGUUGAACCCGCAGCAGCUUCAGCAGCUACAACAACUUCAGCAGAUGAAAGGGUUUCAAGAUCUGAAGCUUCCUCCUCAGUUAAAGGGUGGUCCAGGUCCGGGGCCUGGCUCUGUUCCUAUGAACAAGAAUCCUCAGAUGCCUGUUAAUCCUAAUCAGAAGGCUGUGAAGUUCAACGUUCCUGAUGAUGAUGACGACGAGGAUGAUUUCAGUGACGAAUUCGAUGAUGAGUUUGAUGAGGAUGACGACGAGUUUGAUGAUGAUUUGGAGGAUGAUGAGUUUGACGACCACCCACCUCCGCCUAACAAGAUGAAGCCUAUGAUGGGUGGUGGUGGUGCUGGUGGUAACAUGAUGAUGCCUAAUAACAUGAUGCCUAACAUGAUGAUGCCUAACGCUCAACAGAUGUUAAACGCUCAUAAAAACGGUGGCGGUGGUGGUCCUGGACCCGCCGGUGGUAAAAUUGAGGGCAAAGGUAUGCCUUUUCCUGUUCAAAUGGGCGGCGGUGCUGGAGGGAAUGGAGGUAAGAAGGGCGGUCCCGGUGGAGGAGGCGGCGGUGGUGGUGGUAAUAUGGGGAUUCAAAACCAAAGCGGAGGAAAGAACGGUGGCAAAGGCGGCGGCGGUGGUCAUCCCUUAGAUGGGAAAAUGGUCGGAGGUGGCGGCCCUCCAAACGGUAACAAAGGAGGCGGUGGAGGCCAGAUGAAUGGCGGCCCUAACGGCGGUAAAAAGGGCGGUGGAGGAGGCGGCGGAGGAGGAGGACCCAUGAAUGGAGGACUCCCGCCGGGUUUCCGUCCAAUGGGAGGCGGUGGCGGUGGUGGAGGACCUCCAACCAUGAGUAUGCCAAUGGGUGGUCCAAUGGGUAGUCUUCCACAGAUGGGCGGUGGACCUGGUCCGGGUCCAAUGGGUAAUAACAUGCAGGCAGUUCAAGGAUUACCCGCAAUGGGUCCAGGCGGAGGCGGCGGCCCAUCGGCAGGAGCACCACCACCAGGAUAUUUCCAAGGCCAAGCCCCUGGCGGCGGCGGAGGAGGCGGUCAAGACUCAAUGCCGGGAAAUCCCUACUUACAACAACAGCAACAGCAGCAACAACAACAAUACUUGGCUGCGGUUAUGAACCAGCAACGAGCCAUGGGGAAUGAGCGGUUCCAGCCGAUGAUGUACGCUCGACCACCGCCAGCUGUCAACUAUAUGCCACCUCAACCGCACCAGCAACAUCCAUACCCGUACCCGUAUCCGUAUCCGCCUCACAACGGUGACCAGUAUUCUGAUUACUUCAGUGAUGAGAACACAUCAAGCUGCAAUAUUAUGUGAACAACAACAACAACAAAACUUUCCAUAGUUUGUGUCCGGUCUGUGAUUAUACAUGGAAAUGGUUUUUUUUUUUUCUUUCUCAUAAUUAUUGGAGGGGUUCUUAAAAUCCUUCUUUUUUUUUCCUCCAACGGAUCGAUCCUAAGUUAUAUUAGGAUUUUCUUAAUUUGUGAUAGUUCUUAAGUAAUAUUAUAGAAUCAUAAUAUAAAAUCAAACGAAUAUUUUAUAUUCAGUACUUGAACUUUUUUU